CACAACCAGAACUGCAGGAAGAUGAUCUAAAUACGACCCGACCCGACCCGACCUGAUGGGAACACUAGGUAGGUGUGAGAACGACCGCGACCGAGAGCGCAACGCCACGUACGUUUCCUCAUUCCUCCCGCUCUGAAUACCGAUGCUUUUUUCCUUUCUUUAAGUCUCUCCGCUCACUAAUGGGACUUCUGGAAUUCCCCCUCCUUUUUUCCCUGCAUCUAAUUUAUUCCCUAAUCAUCGUUGCUCGGUCGAUACGGAGGUUAAUAUUCAGGCGUCAGCCAUUGACAUUGCGCGCGUCUCGCAGAUUGACCCCGAAACAUCUUUCCAUUCUGUUCGUGCCAGAUGCAGAAAUCGAUAUUCGCACCACGGAACAGUGUAUUUUGGAGAGCCUGGAGAAUGUGAUUGAAUGGUGUCAAGAAUUGGGCAUUGACACCCUGUCUGUAUACGACCAUGAAGAUAUCGUCUACAAUAACAAGAGCUUAAUUCAGGAAUACUUUGGAACGGACCGCGAGCUGGGCGAAAAGGAUUACAAAUUAAUAGACAUGGUGUACCCGAUUACCCCGCCUGCGUCUCGACCUUUGUCCCCCAAGUUGGAUUUUCGUUCCUCGGUCAUCAAACUACGAGUUCCAAACAAGCAAUCCAAGAUUGAUUUAUUAUCUCUUCCUUCUGAAUCGAAGAGGUCGUCUUCACUUACACUGUACAUUCUUUCGCGAGCGUCUUCGAAAUCCAACGUUGCCUCUAUAGCCAACUCUAUAGCUUGGCAAGAGUCUAUGCGAUCUAAAUUGAGCCACACAAGCCACAGGCCCUUUACGCUUUCGGUCCCAGAAUUGGAGUUGAUGAUAGAAGGAAGCAAUGGUUUCCCUCCCGUCGACUUCAUGAUUGUUCAUCCUCUCAAUCCUUCAAAUUAUAGUAGAUCUCCGCUUGAGCUCCAUGGGUUCCCUCCAUGGCAGAUGAGACUGGCAGAAAUCUAUCACGACCGCAGUCGAAGGUACUAUCGAUCAAGAUUAAUGUGGCUCCUACCUCGACAUAUUAAGUCUUCUUUACUGGCUUCAGCGAUCACGGUAGAGGAAUUUCGGUCCGCUUUGGAUCACUUUUCGGGGGUGGAAAUGCGCCUCGGAAAGUAGCUUAUAGGCCUAAUUACCCAGGACAUUACAGAUGUCGAUUCGGUCAAAAUAAUUGGACUUAUGACCCCCAUGUACCCCGGCGGUUUACUUGGUGAAAAGAAAAAACCGCCUAAAGGAUCUUCACUUCCGAAUUCCUUCCUCGAGCACGUUAAAGAAAACCCCGAGCGGUAAGCCGCUUCACAAAACAGUUCUCCAAAACCAGUGCUUGGAUCCUGUUUUUUGCCCAUGUCAUUCAUGCAGAAACGUCGUGUGACAUAAUCUAUGGAUUUAUUUCAUCUUACUUUACCCCGUCUUGACUAUGCAGCGCUGUGUCCCAGCCA